AAUGACCAGGGCCAAUAGGAAAAACCCUCCCAGUCUUGAGGAGGGAAGGGGGUGGUGGGGAUUCAGACUAAGGCAGGCUUUACAGCGACUCAGACACUUUCAAAGACAGACUGCAGACAGUCUCCACAGCACUAAGAUAUGGGCUUACUGUGACUGAACUCUGGAGCUUCUCCCUUAAACCUUAAACCAAACAGACUAAGGAAGAGAAAAUUAGACUCAGAGAGAAAGUAAGAAGAGAUACAACUUGUCAAGGAGGAUGGAGAGCUGAACGCGUCUAACACUUUUGAGUUUUUAGUGGGUAAAAAAAGACGGGAACGGACAAGCCUGAGGAUACUACAGAUUAUGUUGCCAUGGAAACCAAAACCUGGAAGCGGACGCAAGGACCACUGAAGUUUGACGAUCAUCCUUGACUGCAUCCUCGACACAUAACUGUCCUACUGCACGCCGUGGUGAGAGGAUGCUUUGGAGAAUAACUAUCCCCGUCAUACUGGCUGGGGUGCUUUGCAUCACCGCCGAGUCCAAAAGGACCCGGCCACAGGGAUCCAUCCCAUCCCCAUACAAGACCAAAGGGAAUCUGUCUGCAGAACGUCACCAUCGGCUAUUGCAACAGAAACCAGAAGUGCUAUCAUCGAGCCGGGAGGCCUUGGUUGUGACAGAGCGCCGCUACCUCCGCAGAGACUGGUGCAAGACCCAACCACUUCGUCAGACAAUCAGUGAGGAGGGCUGCCGCAGCCGCACUGUGGUCAACCGUUUUUGCUACGGCCAGUGCAACUCCUUCUACAUCCCGCGCCACAUGGGCCCGAGCUCGGGUCAGGGACAGAAUCGAGGUCAGGGCUCCGGCUCUGGAAGGAAGAACCACAACAAAGUCCAGGAGCCAUUUCAGUCCUGCUCCUUCUGCAGGCCACAUCGCAUCACGCAGCUCACAGUGCAGUUAGACUGCCCAGACCUGCAGCCCCCUUUCAGACACCGUAAGGUGCAGAGGGUCAAGCAGUGUCGUUGCAUGUCUGUGGAUGUAAGUGGUCAUGGGAAACUGUGAAGGACUUGAUUUGAAAUGCCAUCAGGUGUGUGCUGUCAAAUGCAGAAAUUUCCAGGACUGGUUUCAAAUGGAACUAUUCUGCAUUUUGUACAUAUAACGACUAGUCGUCUAAUGACAUGAAACAGGGAUCUGAUAAACAAAGACUCAAUAUUGAUUUAAUUAGAGACUAGCACCCAUGUUGACGUGUCAGUGGAGUUGUAAAAGAACAAAUGGAAGAGAUGACAACAAUAGAGCUGCCGAUGUUUAAUCAUGAACAUGUUUUCUGUCCCCGUUCAGAAAGUUAAUGUCUAACAGAGUCCCUCUCUUUAAAAGCUACACAACAUGACGGACACUGGGGAAGACCAUGCUAAUAACGCAGUGUCUUUAAAAACUAUGCUGUAGAAAUAGUGCAAACACUUUUGUAAUAUGAGAUGCAGAUCUGCAAUAAUGACACAGUUUGUCAGUAUGGUUUUGCAUUGUUUUACACGUAUUUUAUCUGUUAUACUUUAUCUUUUCCGUACGUUCAAGAAUGUCUCAAGUUGAUGUUGAGGGAAAGAUUUCAAAAAAAAACAUGAAGCAACACAGCAACGACCAGUGGCAUUCACCUGCUUGGACACAAACCCGGCUGUCUACUGUACAUUUGCCACAAAUAUACUAGCCAAUAGGAAAACAUACUGCAGCAUGUGUAAUGGAGGUGCAAUGCAAUAUAUACAGUAUAUGUAUUUUAUGUAUGUGUGUAAGUAUGUAUGUUAAAGUAUAUUAAAUCUAUUUCAUAUAAAAA